AGCUGAGAUCGAAAAGACGGGCGCAGGUGAUCCGUACGAUAGCGUAGUCAAAGCGGAUGCCGGAGGCCCAUAUAUACCGCUAGAGGCGCUACUUCACUAUCGAGGCGUUUUAAAAUUUGCUGAUUUUGUAGUUUCGAAGGAGUGCACCUUAUCGAUCACACGCUAAAAAAAAGUUGCUCGUUGGGAAACAUGAAUCGUGGUCGCUUCAUCACUGCUGCAAGCCGGUAUGGCCAGGAGAACAUAACUACCCAACGGGGUGAACCCAACAGGAUUAACGCUCCUCGUUUGCCAUUCACAUCAAAAACAAGGGAGAGGACCGUGCUGGGCGUGUUGAAUGACAACGAGCUGCAUAGUAGAUCGUCUGGUCAGGGCGACCCACAACUGAAGAGAAGGCCAGCUUUUGAUAAUGCAUUCCCUUCAGUCCAGACAACUACUUUACCCACCUGCCUCUCCAAUUCAAGUUUUGACAUUUAUGUGGAUGAGCCCAGUGACAUCCUUCCAGUCACCAGCACUUUUGGGGUGGCACAGUCUCAGUUGAUAGAUGAAGACCAUGCUGCUCUGCAGCAUAAAGACUUCUGCCUCUUCUUGGACCUUAGUUCAGGAUCCUGUCUGGAUGCCUCUAUGCGAUCUCAGCCAGAAGAUGACUUGACAUCACAAGACUUCUUUGCAGUUACGGAAUAUUCAGAGGAUAUCCAUGCAUAUCUGCGACAAAGUGAAGUGAAACACAGACCCAAGACUGGAUACAUGAAGAAGCAACCAGACAUCACCAACUCCAUGAGGGUGAUCCUGGUGGACUGGCUGGCUGAUGUUGGAGAAGAGUACAAGCUCUGUACUGAGACCCUUCAUCUGACUGUGAACUACCUGGACCGCUUCCUGUCCUGUAUGUCUGUCCAUAGAGAGAAGCUUCAGCUAGUGGGAGCAGCAGCCAUUCUUGUUGCUGCGAAAUACGAAGAGAUCUAUCCGCCAGAUGUGGAUGAGCUUGUAUAUGUAACUGAUGACACCUACUCCAAGAAGCAGCUCCUGAGAAUGGAACAGCUGCUCCUUAACGUCCUGGCAUUUGACCUGACGGUGCCAACAGCUCACCAGUUCCUAAGGCAGUUCUUCACUGUAGCGUCUGUCUGCAGUAAGACUGAAAAUCUUGCCCUGUAUCUAGCUGAACUGAGUCUGCUGGAAGUCGACCCUUUCCUGCAGUACAUCCCCUCAAAGGUCGCUGCUGCAGCCUACAGCCUGGGGAACUACACAAUCAACAAGACUCUUUGGCCUGAUACUCUACAUGCCUUCACUGGCUACACACUGGUGGAAAUCUUGCCCUGCUUGAAAGAACUGCACAAGCUGUACCUGGAUGCUGGCAGCAGACCCCAACAAGCUGUCCAAGAAAAAUACAAGAGUUCAAAGUAUUGCAGUGUGGCUCUGGUCCCUCCACCAAAGUCUCUCCCCCUCCACUGAUGCUGCUAGGCUUUUACUUCCAGUAGAUCAACAUUAGAGCGCUUACCUCUUCAGAUGGGGCUCCAGCUAUGAACUGCAGAGGCAAAUGUGGGUUUAUGAAAUGUUUUUAAACUAAUUUUAAUCUUCUGUUUAUCUCUGAUAGUUCCUAUAGGAGGCUAUCAAGUGAACAAUAAAAUUAAGUGACUUGCCCCUUGUAGGGAUUGUAUCCCUGUGUAUGAGUGUCUUCUAUAAUCUCAUGGCUAUGGCAUUGAUUCCAUACUUGAUGGAACAACUUCAGGAUACUUCUGCCAUUUUGAGACUGUCUUGUGCUGUAAUUCAUUUUUAUGACUGAUUAAAUGACGCAAGUUACCAAGA